GGCAUCCGGGGCGAGACGUUUACUUAUACCAUUCUGGAGUUUGAUGUUUGUCUGUCUUCCUUCCCUUGCGAGAACAUAAUCUUGCUCUGUAUCCCGUUGUUUUGCCCAUAUGCACUGCCGUUCUACACGCAGAACGGCAUGCACCCCGCGUGGAGGACCUACCGAGAAAGCCACGCUCGACGCUUGUCAAAGCCGCCGGUCUACGCCGCGACGGCCGUACGGGCCAGAUUCUCACAAGCGUCUCGCGGCAGUGGCUUUCGGUGGCUUGAUGGGGCUCUUUGGAUGGGUUGGUUUCCCGGUUCGCCGGAAUAG